CUUCCUAUGGUUGUUUAAGUGUGUCUCCGCCAGCAGCCUCCAGCUCAGUCCUGCCCCGACCACCAUGGCUGCUCCACCUGUUAUCCUGUCUGCUGUGUGGCUCCUGUUCCUCCUGCUGUGUGGCUCCUUUGCUGCUGGUCUGGACUGCACGGUGCGAGAGGACGAGAUCGCGUGUUCGUCUGAGGCCAAGUGCGUCAAGAUGCGUUACGUGUGCGACGGCGACAACGAUUGUGCUGACGGCGAGGAUGAGGACCCGGAACUAUGCUACGUCUUCAAGUCGCACUUCGGGUGUGAUAAAGGGGAGGUGAACUGUAAGAGAGACGGCGUGAUGGAGUGCAUGAAGGUGUUGAACUACUGCCAGCAGAUUGACCCAGUCUGUGAGGGCGACGUAGACCCUAAGAUGUGUAAGGUCCUCCUCGACAACACUGUGCAGACCUUCAACUCCAUUUCCCUCCCCGCUGAAGGUCCCUCGGAGCCCAGCUGGCGGAAGAGCGAGGUACUGGGUGACGACCUGGUGGCCAUCCUCAACAACACCAUCAGCCAUCCCGACUGUCCCGACAUGUUCACCGUCGUCGGCGACCAGUGUCUCUCCAUCUUCUCCGUCGGCAAGGUAAGCUGGGGAGAAGCACGGGCGUUCUGCAAGGUGAUCAACGGGGACCUCCUCACCUUCAAGAGCGUCAGUCACUUCUCUACCGUCAUUCAGCACCUCCAGCAACACCAGUUGACGACAGACUUCUGGCUGGGCGGCCGUCAGAUGGAGAAGGGACAAGGGUGGACGUGGAUAGAUGAUUCCGCCAUGGUGCUGGGCUCCCCUUACUGGGCUGUCAGACAAUACGACGAGUGUCAGUCGAGGAACGUGACCACUGCCAAACACUCGACCCGCAAAGCCAACAGCGCCACCUGUUACAACUACCGCCAGGCACCUGAGCCCAUCCUGCGAGGAUACUGCGCCUCUCUCUCCUACCAACACUACUUCUAUAUGACCGACGAGGACUGUCUGGACCUGAAGAGUCCUCUCUGUGUCACCACCUAGCUGUUUUGUACACCACUACCAGAGCUACUCCCUCGUGCCCUUGUUGCUCUCUACAUCUUCAUCUCUACUAGGACUAUAUACUUUAAUUCUCCCGUGUGGUAUUGUAGCAGUGACUCUCUACAUCUAAGGAUAAUAUUGUCUACAGGUCACCCGUGUGUUCAUGUAGCUUUCUUCGUCUUUACCAGGACGUGUGCUUCACAACAGUCCUUUCAGAGUCUUCACCUUAUCCUCUGUAGCUCACGUCCUUUAUAUGGUUACAGGUCUGGCCGGCUAGCUCUCUCUGUACUGACAAAGGAUCACAGUUGACAUUUUUAGUUGGCGGUGGUAGCUUUAGUACAAUAGUUUACACGUUAAACGAAGAGUAUCUUUUUUUUUUUAAGUUUGGAAAUAAACAUCUGCAUAUUUUAGGAUUUUGCGGAAAACACAUUUCGCUUUAUGACUCGAAAUUAACAAAAUGUUAACUUUACCUUUAUUGCAUUUUUUACAAACAAGUAUCACACUUGUCUUCUAGAACAAUCCUUUACGCCUCGCUUAUCAUUAUCAUGACUAGGAGAACUACUUGCCCUGUCCACCACCACCACCACCACUGCCCAAAUACUGUACUCAAGGCUAAAUCUUAGAUCUUUACAACGGUUGAAGAAUAUUUGUUUCGUGCACUUUAUCUCUUAAUGGUUGGUGUUCCCUUUUCUUUCCCUUACGUAUAAUAUCGAGAGAAAUCUGGUAACGUCAAAUCACCUUUGUCAUUAUUGUGUCAUAAGCGACCCAGUCAGGUACGAAACGGAGUAAACAUCACACUGUUGUAAAGUUUCAACACAAACCGGGCAUCGGUGUUUUGUACUUCGUAGCAGCAUCAACCAAUAAUAAGAUAACUACACUGCCACUUCCACCAAUUAUAAGAGAACAAUGCUGCCACCUCAGUCUCUCAGGUACAGGACAGCUGUAUUGAUCGUAAUACUACUCUAUAAAUUCAGUCCGUUACAAAACUGUCCUCAUCUGCCGCAUCCAUGUAAAGUUGUUGAUGGCCUGUUGAUGGCCCGGCCCACCAUUACCUAAUAGAUCAGCGUAUCUGUCGCGCGAGAAUUUUGUUUACCUGGCAGCCUGACUCAGACAAAUCAACACCUGGCGACGUCUCUUCACGCUAUCGAUAAACAUGCUUUGUGAGUAAUUAACAACGACAACAAAAUCACAGCUUGUAACGAGAAUUCCACAAAUAAGUAUAAGAAAUGUGUAAUUUCAUUUCAUAGACAAGUUUGAUAAUGGCCAUCAUCAUUAUACGGUGAUGUUAUGGUGCAUUAUUACCCUAGCAACCAAUCCAUGUGUCUGAGCUGUCGGGGUUGCUAGGGUCAAGACGAAAGUGAACGGAGCAUAUUCUACAGGUCAAUUCUUAUUCGUUGUAAACACUUAUUUACUUUUUACCGUCAGGUGACAAAAGUGACUAUCUCCGUUGAAGGUAACUCGCUGAAACCUAUUUCGUAAAGAAUUAUUAUGAGUUUCCUGUAAACAACUUUGUUAACGCCUGUAGUAAUACUGAUCAAUAAAUACCAACUUAACA